UCAGCCCUGCUGUGGUGCGGUGUGCAAAGCCUACUGGUUGGCGUGGCGAGGGACACGCCUUCCUGGAGCGGAACAAAACGGCGCGCAGGCUGGGCGCACCCAGCCACCGCUUCCGACAGAGCCUGCCACUCGCGCCAGCCGCCGAUCGCUGCCAGAAUGCCGAACUGGGGAGGAGGCAAGAAGUGCGGGGUGUGCCAGAAGACGGUGUACUUUGCCGAGGAGGUCCAGUGUGAGGGCCACAGCUUCCAUAAGUCCUGCUUCCUGUGCAUGGUCUGCAAGAAGAAUCUGGACAGCACCACUGUGGCUGUGCAUGGGGAGGAGAUCUACUGCAAGUCCUGCUACGGCAAGAAGUACGGGCCAAAAGGCUACGGCUAUGGUCAGGGUGCAGGCACGCUGAGCACUGACAAGGGGGAGUCCCUGGGCAUCAAGCAUGAGGAAGCUCCUGGCCACAGACCCACCACCAACCCUAAUGCCUCCAAGUUUGCCCAGAAGAUUGGUGGCUCUGAGCGCUGUCCCCGAUGCAGCCAGGCAGUCUAUGCCGCUGAGAAGGUGAUUGGUGCCGGGAAGUCUUGGCAUAAGUCCUGCUUCCGAUGUGCCAAGUGUGGCAAAGGCCUGGAGUCAACCACCCUGGCAGACAAGGAUGGUGAGAUAUACUGCAAAGGAUGCUAUGCUAAAAACUUCGGGCCCAAGGGCUUUGGUUUUGGACAAGGAGCUGGGGCCUUGGUCCACUCCGAGUGAGGCCACCAAUGCCUGCCACACCCUGCCCACUCCCGUGCUUCUCAUCGCCAUCCCCUUCCCAGCAGCCUUGGGGACCUCCAGGAUUCUUUCUCACUCAGCGUAGCCGCACAUCACUAAUGACUUGAACUUGGGCGUCUGGCUCCCUUUGGUUGGGGGUCUGCCUGAGCUCCCACCCCACUAAGGAGCUACCCCUGCCUGGCACCUCACACCAUCACCAGUAGGCGAAAUCUGUCUUUUUAGUCUGUGUGGGAGCAGGCCCCGUCUCCCGAUACUUCUCCCCACAGACCUGUUCUUAACCUCUUGGGCUGAGUAUCCAUCCUCAACUGGCCAAGACAACUAUGCCCACGUUUUGGAGUCCUAAGCAGCAGCAACAGGCCAGGGAGAGGGAAACAGGACCAAGAUGGAGUGGGGGAAGGCUGUGGUUUAUUGGAACUCAGAGAUUCUCUUCUGUGGGAAAGAGGGUGGGCUUCCUGGUGUUCCUCAGAAUAAGCUGGGGAGUCCUAGCUCAGGAGCCGCUUCAGAGGAGCAGAGAGGCAUGCCGACAGGGUCAUGGCCAUAGAAAGGAGACACUUGUUUCUCUAGGCCUCUUGCCUGUGAAUCUCUGGAGCAGACACUUGGGACUGGAGGGUAACAACAUAGGGCUUCUAGUUCCCUGUUUGUUGGGGGGCAGGAGGCUCCUAGAGAGACACUUCCAACACACAUUCACAUUAUCAGUUGUUCAAAUAUUAGGGCUGCUAGAUCUGGCCUUAACCAUGGGUCCUGAGGCUGCCGUGGGCAGCUCUUCCCCAUCCCAGCACAGCCCAGGCUCUUACUCUGUUGUCGCCUGGCCUUGUUCAUCACAUGUGAAGGGAGGCAGACAGAUCCUCAGCCUUCAUUCAACACCCUUUCCUUCUGUGCCCAGUCCUCAGGGCCUUCCCCCAACCCGAGACCUGCCCCUUCCACACCCACCCUUCUCCAGGGAUUUUUCUCUGGCCACAUCACCCCAUCCCUUCCAGGGCCCCAGGUCAGGAGCAGCAGGAAGAAGGGGGAGGGGCUGGGCCUUGGGACUCCAGUGACUGAUAGGACCACACUGUCUGCAGCACGGGCUGUACUCAAGCUGAUUUCUCAUCUGGUCAAUAAAGCUGUUUAGAACA